CCCGAUUGCUAGAUUAGAUUCGUUUACCAAAGUUGGACGUGCAAAGCGAAAAUGCUUAUAGAUUUGAGUUGGUCACUUGUCCUAAGUGCUAUUAUAGGGACGUAUUUGAACGAGAGUACUAUCUGUAUAUUUUGGAAUGAUAAAUUCGAGUUCCAACUGCUUCAUAAUGCGAAGUAUAUAAGCUAUGUGGGAAUAAAUAUUGAUCGAUUAAAUGCUAACAGAGGUCGAUAUAUUGUGGACACGGGAUUGAAGAAAAAAGAGCUUCAAGAUAAACAUUUGUUUUUGGAUGACCUUGUUAUAAAAUUAAUUUUAUCUAUUGAAGUCACACACUGCGAGACUUUUGUAGUAUUCGACAAAGAUAUCGAUCGAUUUGUGGAUGCGUUUACUAAGGCGUCAGUAUAUUCAAUAUGGAGGUCUUUACACAAUAAAUUUAUUUUUGCUCAUAUAACUAACGAAUUGCAGGAGCCUCGUAACCACUUCUUUGAAGUAUUUAAUUUUGCUCAUUAACUGUAAUGGCCCUUA